UUAGGAGCGAGUUCUUGAGGAGCCUGAGGGAGCGAAGAUAAUUUCCUUUCGAUCACCACAGGGUGUUAAAACUACUUACUUUGUAAAGCAGCACGAUGGAGCCGUCAGCAAGUCCUGCGAAGGAUAACUACAGGAUGAACCGCUACAAGAACAAAGCCCUUAACGUGGAGGAGAUGCGCCGGAGACGAGAAGAGGAAGGCAUUCAGCUGAGGAAACAGAAAAGAGAACAGCAGCUGUUUAAGAGGAGAAAUGUGGAGCUGCUGAAUGAGGAAGGAGGAAUGUUUGACAGCCCUCUCAUGGACGCUUAUGUCAGCUCCAGCACGGCACCGGAAGGAGUCAUAACGAGAGACAUGGUGGAAAUGCUCUUCUCAGACGAUCCUGAACUGCUACUGGUUACCACUCAGAAAUUCAGAAAACUACUGUCCAAAGAGCCAAACCCACCCAUCGAUGAGGUUAUCAGCACUCCAGGAGUCGUAAACCGAUUUGUAGAGUUCCUUGAAAAAAGCACUGAUUGCACGUUGCAGUUUGAAGCGGCAUGGGCAUUGACCAACAUCGCCUCUGGAACAUCUCAACAGACUAAAUUUGUGAUCGAAGCGGGUGCCGUGCCAGUGUUCAUCCAGCUGCUCAACUCCGAGUACGAGGACGUCCAAGAACAGGCGGUGUGGGCAUUGGGGAAUAUUGCAGGAGACAGUGCCAUGUGCAGAGACUUCGUACUGAACUGUAAUAUCCUUCCUCCACUGUUAACGCUGCUGACCAAAUCUGCUCGUCUCACAAUGACCAGGAAUGCUGUGUGGGCGUUGUCCAACCUCUGCAGAGGCAAAACUCCACCCCCUGAUUUUGAAAAGGUGUCUCAGUGCCUGCCCGUACUGUCCCGCCUGCUGUUCAGCAGCGAUCCCGAUCUCUUGGCUGACGCUUGCUGGGCUCUGUCCUACCUCUCGGACGGACCCAAUGAGAAAAUCCAGGCAGUGAUCGACUCCGGAGUCUGCAGACGGCUCGUAGAACUGCUCAUGCACUCCGAUUAUAAAGUGGCGUCUCCGGCAUUGAGAGCCGUUGGGAACAUCGUCACUGGAGAUGAUAUUCAAACGCAGGUGGUACUGAACUGCUCGGCUCUCCCAUGCCUCCUUCACCUGCUUAGCAGUGCAAAGGAAUCCAUCAGGAAGGAAGCCUGCUGGACCAUUUCCAACAUCACAGCAGGAAACCGAGCUCAGAUACAGACGGUCAUCGACGCGAACAUCUUCCCCGUGCUGAUCGAAAUCCUCCAGAAAGCUGAGUUUCGCACCAGGAAAGAAGCCGCAUGGGCCAUAACUAACGCCACAUCAGGAGGCACGCCUGAGCAAAUCCGGUAUCUGGUGAACCUGGGCUGCAUUAAGCCCCUGUGUGAUCUGUUGACUGUGAUGGACUCGAAGAUCGUGCAGGUCGCUCUCAACGGACUGGAGAACAUUCUGAGACUGGGAGAGCAGGAGGCCAAGCAGAACUGCAGUGGCCUCAACCCUUACUGCAGCCUUAUAGAGGAGGCCUAUGGCCUGGACAAGAUCGAGUUCCUUCAGAGCCACGAGAACCAGGAGAUCUACCAGAAGGCCUUCGAUCUCAUCGAGCACUACUUCGGCGUGGAAGAAGACGACGCCAGUCUAGCUCCGCAGGUGGACGAGAACCAGCAGCAGUACCUUUUCCCUCAGCAGGAGGCCCCCAUGGAGGGCUUCCAGCUCUAAUCAACCUCCCAACACUCGGUUAGACUCCCUCCGAUGCGUCCAGGUCCUUCCCGUGCCCGUAACCUGUACUGCAGGCCGUAUCCCACGUGCCCUCGGCACAUUAAUCUUGACAGACUGAGAGGAAGCGCGCUGCUUGCAGAUGAACUUUACCACUGUUUUCACUCAUGCGAGACUUCAGGAGCUUGGUUUUUAGUUCGUUUUAUUCUGUCUUCAGUUUAGUGCCACUUAUACAUAGGAUCUGGGUUAAUAAUAAUAAUAAUAAUAAUAAUAAUAAUAAAUCCUUUUCUAGUCUAAAACUACCUUCCUGGGCACACAUUCCCAACACAAUCUCAUAAACCUGUUUUUUUUUUUUUUUUUUCUUUUCUGCUUCAUUAACCUUGGUUUAUUUUAUUUAAUUUUUUUCCCUCCCUGCACGUGCAGGCCGUUUUUGGAAAAUGAUGCGCUUUUGAUGGUUUUUGGCAAGUUGUAAUUGAACGAUACACUUUUCAGAGGCUUUGACACUUUAAAUAGUGCUGUU